AUGCUCGCACACACGCUGUGGCCUAAGAAUAAGAAUGGACCCAAGUAUAGCCCAUUGGCCUAUCAUUGUCUCAAUAAAUUAAGCCCUGGUAUUAAUGAGUGCCAGCGCAGGGCCAAAGUGCUAUAUGGUCAAUCUACUGGCAAUGAUUCACCAAGCGACGAUUGUUGCGCUGAGUGGUACUACAUUGAUUGCGCGCUCGACUACAUGAACUUGACGGACACAAAAUGCAGUAAGCGUGGUCAGUUGGAUUUGGCACGUUAUUUCCUCGAGUUAAAAGCCGAUUUGGGACUAAACACAUGCGCUAAUUAUAGCGAGAGUGAGGCGUACUGCAUGGUGCCUGUGCUCAGGGGUGUCGAGCAGGACAUUGCCGUACAGCCACCACUACCAGAACCGUUAGCAAUAGACUGCCUGUUGAAUAUCAACAAGGACAUUAGGGCCGAGUGCGCCCAAGUGGCCGAAAUGACCUGGCACAUUUCUAACGUAUCUAUUGCCACCCCGAAGCAAAUAUGCUGCGCCGCCUGGCAGGACAUUGAUUGCCUCGAUGAAAUUUCUACUAUACGCUGCAAUAACAUUGAGCUGGUCCCGACCGAGGAGUAUUUUAAAUUGCUAGAUUCAUGUAUCAAACUUCCUAAGGUGGAGGACUGGUUGGAGGACUACUGGUGCGCCGAUUACAUACACCACAGCUCCGCGUGCUCGCUAUCCGAGGCCCAAAAGUCCAACCUAAACAUCAAGACCGAUAUGACUAUUGAACUCGUUCAUUCGGUAGGCAACAACAAACCUGGUCCAUUGGCCGUGCCAGGUGAUAAUGAUAGCAAUCUGGUUAAACAACCAAACAACUUGGGCACUGAAGGUGGUGAUAGUCAAGCUAAAUUGACCGAGCAUCACGAAAAUCAUAUGCUGGAGUAUAUGAUGGCCAUUUUUCCAUACUUGUUGCUCAUGAUGCUUUUGUUGGCGCUGGUGUUGUUCACCAUAAUUGUUGUUCAGUGUAUUAUUAUAAGGCGCCAGUUGAGACACGACAGUCAGUUUGCCAUGAUCAACCACCAGGUAAUUGUUAUCAUGUUAAAUUACGAGUAUCAGGUGCCGGAAGCCGUUAACUGUCUGAGCCAUUUGGACCGAGACAUACAACUAUGUCAGAGUCAGGCCCUUGAAUAUUGGAAUAUAUCGCCUAGCUCAUCACUGGCCGAUUCAUGUUGCGCCAAAUGGGACCAUUUCGAAUGCAGCAUGGAUGUUUUAAACAAGUCCGACUGCAGUGACAAAGAAAAGCAAGAUUUAAGCGAAUGGUUCGCAAACGUCGAGUCAUUUUACGCCAACGAGACGUGUGUUAAUCACACCAAACACAGCGUCCAAUGCGCCGACAUUAUGAUGUCACAACUGCCCGGCGCCGACCCCACACCCAACCCGCCACUGCCCGACCCCCUGGCCAUCGACUGUCUCGGGCAU